GGAAGCUGCGAGGUCCGGAAUCCGGGGUGGAGGACAUGGGCUUCUCUAGGAGGGCGUGAAAAUUCCAUGCAUCCACAGGUGCCGCGAGAGGAGUCCUGAGAAAGUCCUUAGUCAACCGCGCUGUAGCUUGAGCCUCAGCCCGGCAGCCAUAGAACGCCCAGAUCUCACACUCCUCAGCCAGUCCUGCUUAACUGUGAAGCAGAGCAAAGAGCCCUGGAUGGUGAAGAGAGGAAACUGUAGCAAAGGAUCCAGAAGAGUUACCGUCUUUGUUCCUGAGACUGAAACUCAGAAAGGAGCAACAGGAAAAAUGGCUGCUUCUCUGAUAGAUGUGCCCCAGGAUCUACUGACAUUCAGAAAUGUGGCUGUGGACUUCUCCGAGGAGGAAUGGGAAUAUCUCAACUCCUCUCAAAGAGCUCUAUACAUGGAUGUAAUGUGGGAGAAUUACAGCAACCUAGUCUUUGUAGAAAACCAUUGCAUAUGUGGUAAAUAUGAAGAGGACAUGGAUCAAAGCUCAAACCAUAUUAUCUAUCAACAUGCAAAUAUUGAAGAGAAGUCUUACAAAUAUCAUGAACUUGACAAAAUGCUUUAUGAAUCCUCCCAAAGCAUACCUUAUAAUACAAGUGAUACUACAGAAAACUGCAAGAUGUAUGGGAGUGAUAACCAAUGGGAUCCUUCUAAUGAAUCAUUAAACCUAAAGGCACAUAAAAGUAAGAGCACUGAGGAAGAACAAUACAAAGAUUAUAGGGAGUAUUUAAAUUUGUGUUCCAUCAUUGGCUCAUAUGCACAAAUGGACACCGGAAAGAAAGAACACAAAAUUACAGAGUAUGAUAAAUUUUUUGACUCUAAACAUAAACUCAUGAUAAAACGAAUGUGUAGUGGAGAAAAACCUUACCAAUGCAGAAAGUGUGGAAAAUGUUUCAGGGCCUAUUCAAGUCUCUAUAGGCAUCGGAGAACUCAUCCUGGAGAGAAACCCUAUAAACUUACCGAAUGCAAUAAGUCCAUUCUGUAUUUAUCACACCACAAAGUACAUUAUAAUAUCCAUUAUGGAGAAAAACCCUACAAAUGUAUAGAAUGUGGUAAGUGCUAUUAUCAUUCAUCAUUUGAAAAACAUUACAGAAUUCACUCUGAAGAGGAGUCUUACAAAUGUAAUGAUUGUAGAAAAUCCUUUAUCUGCUGCUUAGGUCUUAAAAGACACCAUAAAAUUCAUGGAGGAGAGAGGCCUUAUGAAUGUAAGCAAUGUAGUAAGUCCUUCUAUACAUCAUCACACCUUGAAAAUCAUUACAGAACCCACCGUAGAAAACUUCACAGAUGUAAUGAAUGUGGCAAAUCCCUUUCCUCCUCUUCAGGUCUUCAAAGACAUCAGAGAAUUCAUAGAGGAGAGAAAGCAUACAUAUGCGCUGAAUGUAACAAAUGCUUCAUCCAGAAAUCCCAACUUAAAACACAUCAAAGAAUUCAUACAGGAGAGAAAAGUUACAAAUGUAGUGAAUGUGAGAAAUCCUUUACUGUUGGCUCAUCUCUAAGAAUACAUCAAAGAAUUCAUACUGGAGAGAAACCUUACAAAUGCAGUGAAUGUCACAAGUGCUUCAUUCAGCAAGCCCACCUUAGAAGACAUCAGAAGAUUCAUACUGGAGAGAAACCUUACAAAUGCAGUGAAUGUGAGAAAUCCUUUACAGUAGGCUCGGAUCUUAGAAUGCAUCAAAAAAUUCAUACUGGAGAGAAACCUUACAAAUGUAGUGACUGUGAUAAAUGCUUUAUCCAGAAAGCAAAACUUAAAAAACAUCAAAGAAUUCACACAGGAGAGAAACCUUACAAAUGUAGUGAAUGUGACAAAUGCUUUACUGUUGUCUCAGAUCUUAGAACACAUCAGAAAAUUCAUACUGGUGAGAAACCUUACAAAUGCAGUGAAUGUGACAAGUGUUUUAUCAGGAAAGCCAACCUUAGGAGACAUCACAGAAUUCAUACAGGAGAAAAACCUUACAAAUGCAGUGACUGUGGCAAAUGCUUUAUCCAGAAAGCCAAUCUUAGAACUCAUGAGAGAAUUCAUACUGGAGAGAAACCUUACAAAUGUGAAUGUGGGAAAUCCUUUACAGUUGGCUCAGAUCUUAGAAAGCAUCAGAAAUGUCAUACUGGAGAAAAACCUUACAAAUGCAGUGAAUGUCACAAGUGUUUUAUCAGGAAAGCCCACCUAAGAAGACAUCAAAGAAUUCAUACUGGAGAGAAACCUUACAAGUGCAGUGACUGUGGCAAAUGCUUUAUCCAGAAAGCCAAUCUUAGAACACAUCAGAAAAUACACACAGGAGAGAAACCUUACAAAUGUAGUGAAUGUGACAAAUGCUUUAUCCAGAAAGAUCACCUAAGAACACAUCAGAGACUUCAUACAGGAGAGAAGCCUUACAAAUGUAGUGAAUGUGAAAAAUCCUUUACUGGUGGCUCAGUUCUUAGAAAACAUCAGAAAAUUCAUACUGCAAGAAGCCUUACUAAUGCAAUGAAUUUGACUAAUCCUUUAUCCAAGAAGCCUACCUUAGAACUCAUCAAAGAAUUUAUCCAGGAGAGUAGCCUUUUAAAUGCAAUGUAUAUAGCACAGUCUUUACCUGCCUCUCAUGUCUAAGAAAACAUCAGAAAAUUCAUAUAGAAAACAAAAGUUUCUAUAGUAAAUAGUGUGGCAUAUGCUUUAGACAAGCUCUGUAGUAAUAGACCACUACAGGUUUCACACUAGAGAAUCAUGAACAUGAGAGACUUGAGAACAGCUUUGAGUAAUGUUCAAAUGUUAGAGAAAAAAAAAAUCAAGACUGUAUACCGAGUGAAAAACGCUGCAAAUGUGACAUUUAUUAAAAUGUUUCUUUUUCAAACUCAAAUAUUUCACAAUGACAACAAAAUGGAGACGCCUGAAGAAAAAAUGUUCUGUUGUGUGGUAGGCUUUUUAAAAAAUUUUUAUUUAAAUUUUUAAAAAAAAAAAAAAAACUAAAACAUUUCAUCCUAUAAGGAAGCUGAAUAAGGCAGGAAAUAAACUCAAGACCUCUUCAGGCAGUACCUGAAACUGACAGGAUUUACUGUGCUUACUUUGAAGAAACUCAUAGCAGUCUUGCUGCUUAGAAGACAUUUUGAUGCAUUGAGCCAAUAAGAUAUGGUGCCCUUUAACCAGUAGAUAUGACUACAGGUGUGUAGUGUGCUCUGGGUAUCCAGUGUCAUAAACUGUAUUUCAUGCUGGCCUGAAGUUUCAUGGUACAACUGUCUUUUACUCCUAUAAGCAGCUCCAUUCUCGUAUUUAUGUAAGUAACCCCAAUAAAGCCCAUUGGUUAAACAAGAUGGAUUUCAGUGGCAAGCGUACUUGGUUUUGUUAUGAAUUCCUGUUUUAGCUGAGUGGGUACAUAUGAAUGUUGUUUCAAGCCAGGAAAAGUCUCUCAUACAACAUGUGCUGAACCCAUUAAUUUUUUCUCAAAACUUGUAUAGCAGAAAAUCAGUAUUAGAGAAAAAACAUGGAAGUUCUUUGUGAUUACUGUUCCAGGCUUACUACUAUGGUAGUACAUGAUCCCAUUAAAAAGACUCAACACAGACAGCAUGUAGAGGCUUAGGGAGCCUGAGAAAGAAGGCUACUCUCUUCCUUGUAUUCAUGAAGGAGAGUGAGAAGUCCUUGGUGAGACAAAUGAAAAUAUGGCUACAAACCUGUGUUACUGACAGACAACAUCUAAACUGAGCUAUUACCAUAUAUGACUCUGAGCUCAUGCUUAGACCCCAUGAUUCAGUCCAACUCCAAUGACCCUCAGAAUACCACUGUUCAUGAGAAAAUACAAAAAAAAAAGUUCUAUUCUCAUGUCCUGUUGUACUUUAGAAAUCCCACUCUACAAGCCUCAUCAAAUGAACUGAAUUCCUUUUGUUAAAUCCUUUAC